GCCCAAAGGUAGCCCAAUUAAGCCCAUCAGUUUCUCUUCUUCGGUUCCUUACCGUUGCGAAUUGGGAUUUGCAGAAUCGCUCUCUUCGUUAUUAUUGUUAAAAGAUAAAAGAAGAUCCCCAAUUCUAAAGCCCUAACUAGAAACAGUUUCUGUUCAUGGAUUCUAUUCAGGCCACUUACAGAGAAGACGACGACGGAGAAGAAACCACCAAAUCACACGAUCCACCUCCCGCUACCACCAUCACCAGCACCGCCGCCGCCGCAUUUGAGCUUCCCGAACAUCAGAAUGGCACGGAAAUGGAGCAGCUUCAAAACGACACGGACGCGUCUCAAAACGGCGAAUCAAUUAAACAGCAAGAUGCGUUUGUAUCGGAAUCAGACCCAACGACCUCAAACGACACUGAGAAACCCACACCUAAAGACAAUGAACAAGAAGUAGAAGAAGAUGAAGAAGAAGAUGAUGACGAUGAAGAAGAGCCACCUCCUAAAAAGCAAAAGCAGCUUUCUUCUUUAACCCAACAGCAAGAACAGCAACAAGAACAAGAACCGGCACCAGUUGACAACAAUAAUGUGUCCAAUGAAACCAAGACUCCUACUUUAACAACAACAAAACAAGCUGCAACGAAAAAGAAAUCAAAGAAAAAGAACAACAAUAAUGUGUGGGUUACAAGAUCUACACGUAAAGGUAAGAAAAAGACUAAACCCAAUCCCCAAAACACCCCUGCUGAAGACACUGUUUUAAUCACUCCAGUACCUAGAUUACAAGAUAAAAGUGACGAUACUCCUGAUAUGAAUAUUUGUUUAUCUAAAGUGUAUAAAGCUGAGAAAGUUGAGCUAAGUGAAGAUAGAUUAAGUGCUGCGAGUACAAAAGGGUAUAGAAUGGUGAGAGCUACAAGAGGGGUUUGUGAAGGAGCUUGGUAUUUUGAAAUUAAAGUUGUGAGCUUGGGAGAGACUGGGCAUACUCGGCUUGGUUGGUCUACAGAGAAGGGAGACUUACAAGCCCCUGUUGGUUAUGAUGGGAAUAGUUUUGGGUAUAGAGAUAUUGAUGGGAGUAAAGUGCACAAGGCUUUGAGGGAGAAAUAUGGUGAAGAAGGGUAUAAGGAAGGUGAUGUUAUUGGUUUUUAUAUUAAUCUGCCUGAUGGUUCUCUGUAUGCUCCUAAACCACCUCAUUUGGUUUGGUAUAAAGGACAGAGAUAUGUCUGUGCUGCUGAUUCGAAGGAGGAUCCUCCUAAAAUUAUACCUGGAAGUGAGAUAUCUUUCUUUAAGAAUGGGGUAUGCCAAGGCGUUGCUUUCAAGGAUUUAUAUGGUGGUCAUUACUACCCAGCUGCUUCAGUGUACACCCUGCCAAAUCAGCCAAAUUGUGUGGUUAAGUUUAACUUUGGCCCUGACUUUGAGUUCUUUCCAGAGGAUUUUGGUGGGCGUCCAAUUCCUAGGCCCAUGUUUGAAGUUCCUUAUCAUGGAUUCGACAAUCGUGUUGAAAAUGGCGUGUCCAAUGAGAACAAGCAUUAGCCAUAUUGCUAUUUGUGGAGUUCGGAGGUAAUGCAUGACCACUUUCUUGGAUUGUAGGUAGAAGAGACAGAUGAGGUGAUUGAUUCAUUAAGGGAAAGAGUCAGGUUUGUCUAUUGCAUUUAUCUCAUACUUUGAGAGUAACGGCUCUAACUUCACAUUGGUAGAACACUUUCCUUUUCUGUUUUAUGAGAAAUCCAGUUAAUUUCCUGUAUGCACGUUGGUACAUAUCCUAUCUUAUGCGAGGAGCAAACUCUGCUUUUAUAUAUGGCUCCUAUUUAGAAUAGUUUGAGUCUUAUGCCUUGUAGAUGUAGAUGCUAUAAAGGAAAUCCGUACAAAGAAGGCACUCGCAGCUUUGGGGCGGAAUGGGUGAGAUUUUCAGCAAUAAUGAUGAUAGGAAGAGUGUGAACUUCCAUAAUGCGGGAGCGAAAAGAAAGAACUCUUGAGUAUUUUGCUUUGGGAUAAUUAUAUUUUUUGGUGUCUAAACCUGUUAAAAAAUGAUAAUUGAGUGGUUGAACUUUUAAAACUAACAACCAAGUGUGGCAACUUAUAAAAAAUAACAAAAUAGUGUUUUUAGCAGUUCACACAUUAUAAAUACCGAGGUGAAACUUUUUCAUAUUAAAUAAAAUGAAAAAUAAAAGACAUGUGGUAAUGAUGUGUUGUAAAAAUAAUAAAUUGAUAAACUUAUCUAUCAUAUACAAAUGUGUUUUUACCAAGACAUUAGAGUUUUAUAACGCAAUAAAAAUUAGACUUCAUGAAUUAGAGAUUAAAGAUUAGGACUAAUAAAUUGAAGAUUAAUAGAAGUUAGAAAAAGAGACUUACAUAAGAUAAAAUUUACUAUAAGGCUAUAUCACUAAUGAAGUUACUUUAGUUUUUGACGUGUUCAAUAAUGUUUGCCCUCUCAUCUAUAUCUGUAAAAAUUUAAGAGAAACCUAAAAGUCACCUGUUAAAAACACCUCUUUAUUAUUUUCUUACAAGUUGCCACACUCAGUUGUUAGUUUUAAAAAUUCAACUACUCGAUUGUCAUUUCUUGAUAAGUUCGAACAGUAAAAAUGUAAUUAUCCCUUUUGCUUUCAAUAUAGCUGAAUGAUGUAAAAGGAUGUAGCUGACACUAGCUAUAUUAGUGAGAUUAUGGUUUAUUCCAGUAUCACCAUGGAUUGGUCAUCAUAUGCUUUAUGCAUGUAUCAUUCAUUGAAGAAAGUGGGAAUUCAUGGGUAAUGUCAGUUUUGUGACCAUAAACACUUUUAACCUAUUGCCGAGAAUGAGAGAGAAGAAGGAAAGAAAAUUUUAAAGUGCUUCUUUGAGUUCUCCUUACCAUGUAUUUACCAAGAUACCAAAUAUAGCUCAGAGUUUAGCUGGCGAAUGUUAAGUUGGUAGUACUGCUAGUGAAUCGGAGAGUUGAGUCCCUCUUGAGAAGACAAAGAAUGGAGAAUUUGGUGCCUCUUAGAAGGGAAGGGUGAACUUUUCCUGAAAGAUGGCCUCUUCUGCAUAUGUUGUAUGGUUCUCUUGGCAUAGAGCUUAUGAAAUGCAGGCAAAGUUCUUUCCUUGAACUUCAGAAUUGCAUAGAAGAGGAAUCUGAAAGCUAUGAGAAGGAUCACAACAGCAGAUAAGUCCCACCAUUUUGAAUGAUCUGGAUUGACGCCAAGCACGCUUGUGAGAACAACUUCGCCUUUCAGUUUUGGGCCACCCGGUACUAAAGGAUCGAACUCUAUUCCGAUCAAGUCGUUUUUGUAUUCUCCCUGCAUUUCCACUACACCCGUGGUGAAAAUACUAGAUUGAUAAUACAAACCUGUUUGAUAUCAAAUUCUUUCUCUGGUUUUUAGUUUUUGUUGUUAGUUUACAAACAAGAUAUAUAAAUAAACUAUAUGCUUUUAUUAUUA